AUGGGCGCCUCUGCGCUGAAGCCAAGCAGGGCGGGGCUCAGGGCAAGGAUCCAGAUCCGAUCGACAGUGCCCUUCCCACCCACGGGCCAGACCGUGCGUCAGAAGGGCAUGCACUUCGUGCCCCCCUGCCGGGUACUGCUGCCGCUGCUCUGCCGCGCGGCGCUGCAGAGCCCCGGGAAGCAGGCGGAAGACCUGCGCGAGCAGCAUCGCUGGGAGUGUACCAGGGAGCUGGAGACGCACGACGCAGUCAGCCUGGGUGAGAGCCGGGGUACACUCGCGUGGACGUUCUCGGCGCGUCUCGCCACGGACGGCCUCGGGGAGAGGUACACCUCGCUGGCCGACGACGCCGCCGCGGCGGAGAAGAAGAGGGAGGCCGCCAUGCUCUUUUCCGUGGCCGAGGGGCAGCUGACGGAGAAGGAGGACUACGGCGAGGCCCUGAAGGGUGCCGAGCAGGCCCUCGAGCUCUUCAAGGCCGCGGGGGACGCCGUCGGGGUCGCGGACAGCUGCCGCCUGAUGGUUCACGCGUACAAGGCCAGGGCGGACGCGAGCUUCUGGGGGGCGGACGUGGCCAAGGCGGAGGAGGACCUGCGUGCGGCCGAGGAGUUCUGCAGGGCGAGGCUCGCGGGAUUCGAGGAGGCGGGGGAGAGGGUGUGCGUCGGCGCGAUGCUCCUGUCGCUGUCCGAGGUGAUCUACCUGCUCCCGAAGGACUACAGGCGGCGGGAGGAGGCGGCGCAGGCCGCCACGCAGGCCCGCGAGAUCUUCCAUCAGGCCGACGCGGCCAAGCUCGAGGGCUUCGCGAUUGUUGCGCUCUUCCGGAUCGCCGUGGACAGGCUGGAGAGCAGCAGGGCGCUCGCGCUGGCGAGCGAGGCCCUUCAGACCUUCCGGGCUCUGGGGGAGCCCGGCCUGGAGGCGAGGGCCCACGGCCUCCUCGCGGAGGCGAGGCAGCUCUGCAACUGCGCCCCCGAGGCGGUGCGGGAGGCCCAGGCCGCGGUCAGGAUGUUCAGGGAGGUGGGGCCGAAGAAGAUGGAGGCCGCCGCCCAGCUGCUGCUCGCAGAAAUCUGCCUGGUCAGCGAGAAGUUCAAGGAGGCGCUGCCCGCCGCCAAGGAGGCGCUGCAGCUCUUCGAGGACCUCGGCUACGGCAGGGGCUUCCAGCAGGCGGCUUUGGCCAUGCUCGCGGACAUCUACACGCAGCUUGGGGAAUCCCUGAAGGCCGUGGAGGUUGCCAAGGAGGGCUUGGCGAGGUGCCAGAAGGACGGGGACAAGCGCGGCCAGGUGCUGGUCGGUAACGGGCUGAUCCUCGCGUACGUCGGAAGCGACGUCUAUGAGGAGGGCGACAUGGCGGCGGCCCUGAUGGUGGCCGAGUCGAGCCUGUCACUCGCGCGCGAGUUGGACGACAAGGCGUGGGAGUCGCAGGUGCUCCACACCAUCCUCCAGCUGCACGUGCGCGCCGAGGACACCAGCAGGGCGGUGGACGUGUUCGAGGAGGCCAAGGCCCUCCUGAAGGAUACCGGCGACGACAGCGAGCUGGUCACGGUGCUGGACACCCUGGCUGCCAUGCGGGAGCUGGCCGGGGAGCUGGAGGAGUCCGUCCAGCUGCGCGAGGAGCAGCGCGCGGUGUGCCAGGGCAUGGCCGACAGGGUGCGCGAGGGCAUCGCCUGCCUCAAGGUCUCUGAGACGUGGAGCAAGGCAGUGCCGCUCUCCGCGGAGAGCCUGGACAAGGCGCUCUCGGCCGCUCGGGAGGCGCAGGGGCUCUUCCUGGAGGCCGGGGACGCGGCGGGCGAGGCCGCCGCGCUCGUGAUGAUCGCGGAGGUGUGCCUCGCGGGCGGCGAGGGCUCCAAGGAGAGGCAGCCCAGCGUGGCGCUCACCGCGGCGCUGCAGGCCCAGGAGCUGUUCCAGCAGCUGGGCGACAGGGCCUCCGAGGCGGGUGCCCUGCAGACCAUGGCGACGGCGCACUUGGAGAUGGAGAAGCCCGCGGAGGCCAUCGCGGCCGCCCAGGGCGCCGCGGAGCUGGCCAAGCGGGCCGAAGACAGGAGGGGGCAGGUGGUUGCCAACGUCUUCGCCGCGCAGAUGACGCUCGCGGCCGCAAGCCUGGAGGUGUUCGCGGGGCAGGACCAGGCCAGGACGCUCAGGCGGCACGCCACCAGGGCGGUGAAGUCGGCCAAGGAGGCCUUGUCCACAGCGAGGAAGGUGGAGGACAGGUUCUUGAUGGGGGUCGCGACCUACUGCGUUGGGCAGACGCAGGUGGCGCUGGGAGGUUUCGAGGAUGCGCUGAAAGCGGCCGACCAGGCGGUGGACCUCUUCCGUGCCAUCCAGGCCACGCGGGCGGAGGCGGACGCCAUCGGCCUGGUGGCCGAGGUGCACCUGGCGUCGGGCAACAAGGCGAAGGCAGUGGACGUGGCGGAGAAGGCGCUGGCGCUGGCCCAGACCAUCCAGGACACGAACAUUGAAGCUCGCGCUCUCGAGAUCAUCCAAAGGGUCCAGGGCGUGCCGGGCGGGGCGGAGGCACACCAGGCCGACCCCGACGCCGAGGAGGCAGCGGACACGCCCGCGCUGGAGGCGCCAAAGGAGGAGAAGAAGGGCAUGGACCCGGCCCACGUGCAUGACAUCGUCAUGCGGGAGACUCUGGGGUCUCUGGCCAGCGACGAGGAGGUGUCGCUAGACGUCCCGCUCAUGGAGGCCGGCAUGGACAGCCUCUCCAGCGUGGCCUUCAGGAAUUCCUUGAACCAGCACCUGGGCAUGAACCUGCCGGCGUCCCUCAUGUUCGACUACCCCUCGCAGCGCUCGAUCAUCGAGCACAUCUGCGAGGAGCGUGCCGACGUGUGUGGCCGCCUGGCCUCCCUCGCGGCCGUCUGCCUGCGCGCGCCGCUGCAGGACCACGCGAGGAGCCUCUGCGCGCAGCUGGGCGCCCCAGGUGCCCCGCCGCACGCGCCAGAGCCGGGGCGCGUGACGGCGAGGUUUGCUGCCGCGCUGCUCCAGGCGGUCGUCGCUGCGCCCGGCGCCGCAGGCACUGCGGAGCUGGCGCAGCUGCUGGACGCCAGGGUGAGCUCGAGGACCCUAAGGGGCGAGUUCGAGGACCUUCAGGCGCUCGUGCUCGGUGGCCUCGUGCUCGUGCUCGGUGGCCUCCAGGACGAGGCCUCAGCGGCGGAGAAGCAGCCCCUGCGCGGCGCGGAGCAGGACGGGCCCUCGCGGGGCUCCCGGCUGGGGCGCGCCGGCUUCGGCGCCGCGCGCUUCGAGGCCGUCGGCGCCCCUGCCGCCGCGCCCGCGGAGCUGGCGGCCGCCGACGGCGCCAGCGCCGCCGUCGGCUGGCCGCGCUCUCCGCCGGCGUCGCCCGCGCCCGCGGGCGCCACGCCGGCCGCGCUGUCGCCGGCGGCGCCCGCGCCGGUUGCGCUCGACCCUAACGGGCAGCGGGCGGCAGCGCCGCCAGCCGCCAGCGGCGACGGGUGCGAGAGCGAGGCGACGCGCAGCCCGGCGAGCCCGUCGCCGUCGGGCACGCCGCGCGGGGGCGCGCGGGCCGAGGCAGAGGCGCGGCACGGGGCAUGGGGGCCAAGAUGUGUGCAGAGUUGUCCAAGGUGUCUGUUUUUCGCCGUUUCCAGCCCGCGUUGGUCCUCGCCGGGCCUGGGGACCUUCAACGACUCGGGAUGAGAAGCCAGCCCUGGGGGAAUGGUCAGGGCUUCGGAGAACCCGUACUGCAACAAAAGUCAAGACAUGGGACCUCUUUCUGGGGGCGCAGCUGGAGGCUGACGCGGCGUUUUGGCACACUGCAGGGGUGGAGGGGUGCCUCAAGGCCGUCAAGGACCUAGCUGCCCUGAUACGCCUGUGUUGGAAGGCAACACGUAUUGUGUUUAUUAAGACGUCCGUGUCACCACGCUGCGUAUUGGUUCAGCACGUGUUGGUCCACGUUUCGGCGAAGAUGUCGCGCCAGACCUGCGUUUUCAGUAUACGUUUUGAGCUCCGUGUCAACACGCUACGGGCUGCGUGUUGCCUAUCGGGGCAGCUGAGGUCAAGGAGGGUGAGGGCGAGGCCUCGAAGCAGCUCGAUGAGCAGGCGCAGAGGUCCGCAGGCGAGGAGGCGCGGCAGAAGGCCGCAGCCGAGGAGGAGGCGCGGCACAAGGCGGCGAAGGAGGAGAAGAAGGAAGCGGCGCGGCAAAGGGCCGAGGAGGAGGAAGAGGAGGCGCGGCAGAAGGCGACGAAGGAGGAGAAGGAGGAGGAGGAAGCGGCGCGGCAAAGGGCAGAGGAAGAUGCGCGGCCGAACGCGGAGGAGGAGGCACGGCAGAAGGCGGCGAAGGAGGAGGCGGAGGAGGAGAAUCAGCAGACUGUGCGACAGGGGGCGGAGGAGGAAGAGGUGGCGCGGCGGAAGGCAGCGAUAGCAGAGGCAGAGGAGAGGGCGCGGCAUCAGGACGAGGAGGAGGAGGAGGAGGAGGGGGAGGAGGAGGGGGAGGACGACGAGGGACGCCAGACGGCGAAAGAGGACCGGCCCUUGAUGGAGCAGGCGGCGGAGCCCGAGGGGGCGCGGCGUGGGCCCGAGGAAGAGGCCCUGGUGGCGGCCGAGGACGGCCUCGCGGGUGCCCGCGGGGCGGGGGCGGCCGAGGGGGGCGCCGUGCCGGCGCCUGCGGCGUAGCGUAGCCGUCGCGCGGGG